AACCAACCCUACUCAGUCCUCCCCAGCCGCUCCCAAGCCCAUACAGAGUGGUGGUGCCGAAGCACGUGACUGUGGUGUGCCACAUCAGCACACGCCACGCCACCCGGCACGCCUCAUCACCUCCUGUCUGGGUCGCGUUUCUGGUGUGUUCAAGGGCGGGUGCGCGGUUUUCAUUCGAUUGCCCGCCAUCCACCCAUCGCUGCCCCCCAUGGUCUCUUGAGGUUUGGCCUGCUAACCCCACUCACCCCGCUCAUCACUUGCCUUUUUCCCGAACCCCAAACCCUAUGCCUCCCUCACUCCUCCCACCCUCCACUGCUAUCUGUGCAACCACUACCUGUACAUGUCUUGACCGUUACCUGCUCAUUCACCACCUGCACACUUGCCUAACCCCCAUCCCCGUUCUUCCUCCACCACCCCUCCACUCUCUUCUGCCUGACUAUUACCUUUUCAUCACAUUCCCGACCCCCUCCCCUCGUACCACACCUCCAGUACUGGACCGUUACCUGCGCAUUCACCACCUGCACACUCACCACCUAGUGGCCAAGGUGUUUGUAAAGCAGCCACUCAACUUCCGCCGCUUCCUGGCAGAAGGGACAACCACAGGGACUGCUGCUCCAG